GCUAGCAGUCAAGCGUAGUUAGAAUUGUAUACUUCAGAAAAAUUGUGGAGAAGACCUACUCGGAGUUACACAAAAAUAUCAAAACACUAAAUGUGUUUUAAUUAUUCAUUAACAAAAUGGAGCCAACAACCUCCAGAUCUGCCGUCGAGUCGCUAAACUCCGACUUCUUUUACGGCUGGGAUCUAUUAUACAAAACUGUAGAUGGCAUUAUUGAUAAGAAGGCAGAUGUUCUCAUGGUGCUUGCCCAUUUUUUGCUGACCAAGCACUACAAAUUCCGCUGCGUUGGUAUUGGAGAUGACAAAACUUUGCCCGAAGACGAGGUGGGUAGCGAAUUGCUGCCGGAUCAUUGGAAUGGCGACAGUAGCAAGUACUCACUGCGAUAUGUCCAUAAUAAAGUGCUCUAUUUGCUGCUUGGCCAUAUUACGGAAGAUGCUCUUAUUGUCAAUCUGUUAGAUAUUAAUACCAAGAAUGUUUCCAACAUUUGCAUCACGCCCGAAUCUCUGGUUGCCGAGGUAAAGGGUGGCAUUACAAAAAUUAUGCCAACUGCAACAGAUAUUGUUGAACGCUUUCGCAAGGAGCUUUGUGAUCCGGUAUUUACUGGAAACUCACGCGAAGCAACUACUCAGACACAAGCAACCCAGCAAACACCGGCAAACAUAACUGAUCCCUUGCGCAUUGGUGAGCCUAGACGUCCGGGUUCGUUCAUGCCGCACGGUUUUGAGCCGCGGCCAUUUGGUUUCCCUGACAUUGGUCGUGGGGAUUUGGAUCCACUGGGUCGGGGCUCGGGUAAUCUAUUUGCGUUUCCGGCCAAUCCAGGCUUGGCGCGCUUUGAUCCGUUUAAUCCAUUAAAUCCGCGUAAUCCGGGUACAAUGGGUCCAAACCCAGAUCAUAUGCAUCCGCCAAACUGGAAUCCCGAUUACUAUAUGUGAAAUACGCAUAGACCCGACUUAUGGAUAUGGUCUGCUUAUAAAAUCAAUAGUUUAAAUGCAUUACAAAGUUUUUCAAUUAGAGUCUGAAAACCCAAAUACAAUUAUAAAUUAGACAGAAGAAA